AGUAUGGAAGGGUUUGAGACAAUGACAUCUGAUUCUGAAAACGAUGCUGACGGGGCGCUGAAUGUAACGCGAAGUGUGCGGUUUGCUGAACAUAGAGAAAUCCGUCGUAUGCCGUCGAUCGAAGCAAGCGAAGCUCGCCAAGCGCGACUGCCUUACUCACCGCCACUGAUUGAUUGUUCAUUUUCUAUAAAUCUUCCAGAUCAUAUCAAAUAUACUGUGUUUUUCUUCGCGCCAAUGGUAAGUGUUCGAACAUAUCCAUUGAUAUAA